UUUCACUUGCGGUAUGUAAACGAGAAGGGCUUUCGUCGUUUCUCUAGCAGAACGAAACCUCCUCCGGUCCGCUGCAACCAAAAUAAUCUUCCACCUGCUGUCCUAUCCCAACCCACCGUUCCCAAUAUGGCCGAAAAACGUCCGAAGUAUAUGAACUGGAUUCUGGAAUGCAUCAACUUGCUUCGCAGUCGGAAAUCCAGGCCCGACUUGGAGCGAAUUUGCCGGACGAUGCACAAGUGUCACGGAAUUGAUCAGAGAGAUACCGAAGAAGAUUUAGCAGCGCUCGUCGCUACUGGCAUAGUGACAAAGAGGUCUUUUAAAGGGGCAAUUUCUUAUCGAAAUGCAUCUGGCUGGCACAGAGUAAUAGGUUCCGGCAAAGUUUCGAGAGCCGCCCGAUGGGUAAGCGAAGCAAUUCGAGCGCUAGAUCGUGGUUACGGCGUCAGCGCAGUAGAUAUUGAGAAAUUCAUCACCGCUCGGCAUCCUUAUUACCAUAAUUUGAAGGCAAGGAUCAAGAUCGCACUAAAGGAAGACUUAGAUCAUGGAAGAAUCUGGUCGAUAAGCGAGGGCAUGUAUCGGUUACUCGAAUCAGCUGAGAGUCCUGAAAGAGAAAUUCCAGCAUGUGACCAAGUUUGUGAUUUCUGUCUACAAUCUGCAGCAGCAAAUAGGAAAGGAGAGCCAGAAGCUUUACUGAUUUGUAGGGACUGUGGCAACAAAGCCCAUCCAAGUUGUAUGAACUACACACCUGAAUUAGUUCUUAGAAUUACCUCAGAUGCCAGUGCAUGGCAGUGCAUCGACUGUAAAGCUUGUAUUAUAUGUAACGACAGUGGAGAUCCUGGUAGUUUAUUAUUCUGUGAUGCCUGUGACAAGGGUUAUCACAUGCAAUGUCAUGUCCCUCCACUUGAAACUAUGCCUAUUGGAAAAUGGGUUUGUUAUAAUUGCCAGAAUCAUCCAAUAAAUCCAGUACGUCUUUCCGAAUCCAGUGAUUUUGUGACUCAUGAGGCAAUUUCAAAGUCAGAAGCUGGCAACAAUGUGAUGGGUGAUGACAUACCUCUUCAGUGCGAUGAAGAAAUGGGGGAAUGUACUGUUGAAGUGAAAGAUAUUCAUAUCCAAGUUGACGCUGAAAAUGUUCAGAGAGAACUUGAAAUGCUGAGCCAAUCUGAAGCUUCAAGUGACAACAAAACAAACUCAUUGGUACCUCCAAGAGGAUCAAAUGGUGAUUUGCAGACAGGUCACAGUCAAUCCAAUGGAGUUCAUUCGUCUGCAAAUCCAGGAACAAAGGGCAUUGUUAAUGGUUUGCCCAAUACCCCUAUCAAAGGAGCAGGUGGAGCUCAUGAUUCAGCUAAAGAUACAGAAAAAAGCAAAAGCAAUUUACCACCAGACACGUCACUUUGGACUGUUACAGAGGUUGUGUCAUUUUUCAGCUCUUUAGGAUUUCCAGAAGAGGCAAAGUCCUUUCAAAAUCAGGAAAUUGAUGGAAAAGCGUUGCUUCUGAUGUCAAGGAAUGAUGUGUUGACUGGUAUGUCAAUCAAGUUAGGUCCUGCAUUAAAGAUUUAUGUCCAUGUUGCCCGGCUACAGAGUCAAAAUGGCACCAUACCAUCUUGACAAAUAAUGACUUUAAAGUCGCAAUUUUUGUAAUAUAAAAGAAAGCUAAUAGUCUGUAUUUUUUUCCUGUCCUGUAGUUUUGCCUCAGUUGAAAAUAACUGUUGCAAAUAAUUCUGUGUCAGGGUUAGUUUUGCUGUGUACAGGCAUUGUAAUUUGUUAAGAAAUAACACACAUUUCCACCAGUCAAACUUAAGAUAGAAGGUAAUAAGACUCAAACUGCACUUCCUGCCCACACUUCAUGCACUGAAUUGUUUUUAGACUAGCAUUGACUUGAGUUCUUAACCCUUAACUCCUAUUAGUGGUCAUAUUAGAAUUUCUCCUUACAAUAUCAAUACAAUAUCAAGCAGACAAGUUAUGAGAA